GCGGAUAAGACGUGUAAACCUGAAACAGGUUAGAGAAAUAUCGAGAAAAUUCGAUCAUCUCCAGUACGUCACUGAUCCAGUCGACACCACGAGCAUCCGACAUGUCUGUGCCUCCGACGAGCGCCGCGAAUCUGAACGUGGGCUGGGAUCCGUCUCCUCUGUCUGCGUCCACGGGUGGCGAUUUCGACGCCAACUCAUUGAUCGAGCGCACGCAGGAGGUCAAGGUGGACGUGAACGACUACUCGCGCUUCAAGGACAUCGGCAAGGACCUGGAGGACGAGGACAAGAAACAGGAUACGCAGCCUGCCGCAGUAGCGCCUGAAGCCAAGUGCCGCAACUGCAGCAAACCCGGUGCCAAGCUUAAGUGCAGUGUGUGUAAGAAGGCCGUCUAUUGUGCGCGCAACUGCCAGGCGAGCGACUGGCAGUUCCACAAGCGUAUCUGUAAGAAGCCCGAGCCUCCUAAGAAGCCGGAGCCUCCGCGUCGACCACCCACCAAGAGCUCCACGAGCUCUACUUCUUCUUCGGCGAAGACGACGAGCUCGACGUCUAGUAGCAGCAAACCCAAGGCGUCCAGUGGCUCAUCCGUAGUGGUGACGGAUGAACCAGACCUGCCCGAAAACAUGCGCGGCUACAAGAAUGGUCUACCGUAUUUCCACCGCGAACUGUCCAAGGAGGAGAAAAAUUUGAUUGGAGACAUCGCACCUCAGAAGAUUGAGCUUAAACCUGCGGGGCCGGAUCCUGUACAGCAUGAUGGUUCUGCGUGGAAUAAGGCUGGUACCUUUGAAGAGCGUGUGGUGACCAAGUGGGCAGAGGACAAGUGGAAGGAGAUCUUUACGGGUGCGACCUACUCGGAGGGCAACUUACAGGCGACAUUGAAGGCGCCGGAGAAGAUCUCGGGAGACGCUAGCAUUUGUGUUGUGCGAGGCAAGAAGCGGUAUCUGUUCGACUUCAGCUUGAAGUUGCCUUUUGAAGUGGCUAUCAGCGGCGGCAGCACCUGCAAGGGUACGUACGAGAUGAACGACAUCUCAAGCGACGAGGACUACGAGAUCUCGUGUAGACUGACCAAGAAGCUCAACAAUGCCAGCGAGCAAAGCGCCGUGCAGGCGUUCGUCGCCAAGAAGGACAACGGUCUGCAGAAGGAGCUCGUGCGACUCAUCAGCGUAUUCGCGAGCGAGUUCCAGCAGCAAUAGAAACGUGUAAAGAAGACAAGGUAGAUCGUGUUCCUGUCAACGAGUACCAUGCAUAGAAUGCAGAUACUUCAUAUCGUUUGCCUUCAACCUCAGAAUCCUCUUUAUCCUCACUUGUACUUCUCAUGUUCAGGGCUCUGAAUACAAAAUUUGAGGCGCUAAUUCAGGACUGAUGGCAUGCUCCGAUGCAAGACUUUUACGGGCAGCGAUCAUGCCCAUGUGGCAGCUCUGGAGUAUAUCGUAUCCUUCCAACAAGCCGUAAACCGUUCCACCAACCAAGCUAUCACCUGCAACAUCAUCAAUAUCAAUACAGAUUAGAAAUGGUUCUAGCACGAGGAAUCUGCAACUCUCGUACCAGCUCCGGUGCAAUUCUUAACGGGAAUUUCUAUACCGGGAAGGUGGACCAUUGUGACAGAGUGGCCUCCAUGAACAUGAUGCAUGCCCCAGAUUUCCACGUCAAAGUCGCAAUCGUCCACGAUCUCACGCAAGUUGUCUGCAGCCAUAUUGAUAGAGGCGACUAGGACACCAUUUUUGCCCAGAGUGACCAUGACAUGCUUAGGUCUUUUAGUGUCACCGUCAGCCAUGGCGAGUAGCGCUGUUGGAGUAAAAAAAAACACAAAAGACGCAUUAGCAUUAGUACAAGUAUGUUCGAUUCCUGAACGUACUUGUAAUGAGGUCG